AUGAGUUUAUUAACAAAAAAUAAUAGUAUUUCAUCAAAGUAUGGAUCUAAUGUAUUAGAUCACUUUAACAAUCCUAGAAAUGUUGGAUCAAUUAAAGAGGGAGAAAAUGUUGGUACUGGUAUAGUUGGAGCACCAGCAUGUGGAGAUGUUUUAAAGUUACAAAUUAAAGUAGCAAAAGAUGGAAUUAUAGAAGAUGCUAAAUUCAAAGCCUUUGGAUGUGGUAGUGCUAUUGCAAGUAGUUCACUUGCCGCUGAGUGGAUUAAAGGGAGAUCACUUAAUGACUCUUUAAAAAUUUCUAACAAAGAUAUUGCAAAAGAACUUUCCUUACCCCCUGUAAAAUUACACUGUUCUAUGUUGGCUGAAGAUGCUAUUAAAAGUGCUAUAAAUGAUUUUAAAAAUAAACAAAAGAUCAAGAAAUAA